AUGGCAUCCUGGACUUUAAUACCUUUGGUAAGUCUUCCUCUUCUUCAUUGAUGGAAAACUUGUGAAUAAUUUUCGCGUCAGCCAAGAUGCAGGAGGCGUAAAGGCUAAUUGGUUUAGCUUUCAAUUGGCCGACUGCUUUUUUGACUAAAAAGCUGAUGGUUGUGCUUCAUUUUACACUUCAGGUGGCCUGCAUUGCCGUAAUUGAUUUAUCAAACGCAAGACCAAGAUCUCAGCGGCGCUCGGAGGAUUAUGGUGGUAGACACCAAUUACGAAAAGAAGGUACCAAGGAUUCUGAUGUUUCAGUGUGCUCGCUAGGGGAAUAUCACUUUUUAUGAUCCAUGAGAUAUUUUUGCCUCCACUUGAUUGGUCUAAACUCAUCAAGUGAUCGAAUACACCCCAGCUAAAACUGGAAUAUAUCCGAAGAUACAACCCAAGUGAUAUUCCCUUAUUUUAAAACCCUAUAUCUACUACGAUAAAAGCGUUCGUUAAAAUUUUAUUCAAGAUGAGAGAGUGCCGGUUUAGCCAUUGUUAAAGAGGACAGGAAACGUUUAUCUUUUCAAAAAAGUUGUACCAGAGAACACUGAAGAGUAAACAUCCCACGUGGCAAACAGUAAGGUGUUAACAUUUUACCCGCGCGCUAAGCUCUCGGAAAACUUUUUGAAUCUCGUAAGAAAAAAUGUUUGCGGACAAAUAUCCGUGCAUAUUCUCGCGCCAAAUAGAGGCUGUUGUUUACAUGUGUUUAGGGGCCAAUAAGCAAUGUAAAAGGAGAGAUAACAGUCCUAAUAAUCCUACAGAAUUCUUAUUCGUAAAACGAUAUGUCCUUACUGACUGAGUGGAAGGGCCGGUCGAAAAAUAUUUGGCUCCCUUGUGCAGAUAUACAAAAAUUCCCAAAGUUACCAUCUUUGAAAAGUCUGUAACUUAAGCUUUUACAAGCCCUCAAAGAAGAUUUUGGAGUCCCCUCAUUUUUAACGUUCAACUGUAAUUAGCUCAGUUAUAUUUAUCUGUCUACAAGGAUUAUAAUGACCUCUUUACAUACAGCUCAUGACCUCCUCAAAUGGUCACUUUUAAUGUUUGUAUACAAGUACGCAAACAUUAAAAGUGAGGUGGAAACCCAUCAAAUGAUUGGUGUUAAGAAAAAAAGAAACCAAUUCUAGUCACUUUAAGUAAUCUUACUUUAUCGCCUUGAUCUAAUCGUUCUUUUUGUGGCAAACAAAAAUAAUUGAAAUUUCUAAUCUGCCUUCGUUUAAAGUAAGGAUUCGAUCAAUGAUUUUACCUCUAUAAAGGUUUUUUUUAUUUUAACUACGUCGGUAUUCAUAUGGUUUUUCGUUUUUACUUCGUUUAUUGAUCUAACUUCUUAUUUACUUAUACAAUUGUAUAACCAUUUUUCUGGUUAUUUAUUUAUGUUUUAAAUUAUGCAAAUGUGGGGCUUUCAAAAUCUUGACCAUUUUAAAAGCUUUUGUCAAAGACUCAUUUACUCUAGUAAAAAAAGCUGAACUUUAACUUUUUAGAUUCACUUCAUAAAAGAAUCAAUAGCGAGCAUCUAUAUAGGCACCAAUGGGAGAGGGACCAGGACCGAGCUGAUCAAAAACUCCACGAAUUCCAAAGGAAGAGGGACCAGGACGGAGCUGAUCAAAAACCCUUCGAAUUACCGUCGAUGAGAGACCAAGGUCGACCUGAUUCAAAACUCCAUGAAUUUAAAACGGUGAGAGACCAAGACAGACCUGAUCAAAAGCUUCGUGAACUUGAAGUGAUGACAGACCAUGACCGACCUCAUCAAAAACUCCAUAAAUUUGAGAUGAUUAGAGACCAAGACGGACUUGAUCAAAAACUUCGUGAACUCGAAAUGAUGAGAGACCAAGAGCAACCUAAUCUAAAAUCUCAGGAAAUACCGUCGAUGAGAGACCAAAGUCGACCUCAUCAAAAUCUCCCUGAAUUAAAAAAAGUGAAAGAUCAAGGCCAAGCUUAUAAAGAACUGUAUCAGUUGGAUCAAGAAUGGGACUGGCUUAACAGGCAGAAAAAUGGUAAACUUGUAUUUAGGCAUACAGGAGUAAAUUCAUUAUCACGUCACUCUUUUCUGAUUAUGAGAAGAAUUCGAUAGAAGACUCAAAUUUAUCUAUUCUCGAAAAAAUGAUAUGAAAGGAGUUCCAAUGAAGUAUAAAGAUAAACAGCCCUGUGAUAUUGCCACCUGCUUGAAAGUUGUGCCAAGUCUUGUGGCAUUUGACGACGAGUUCUCUUUAUUUCUAGAUUACAUUCAGGCAGCAUCUUUGGUUUUAAAGGAUAAUCCCGUUAGUUCUUUGCCAGAUGACGCUACUAAAGAAGAACAAGGAGAAGAAGAAGAAACGGCAGCAAUUCCAGCAGAAGUAAACGAUGAAGAGGAAGACGAAGAGGAAGAAGAAGAUGAGGAACAAGGAGAAGAGGCGGAAGUAGGAGAAGAACACAAAGAAAGCAAAAGUGAGUAAAAUUUAAUCGUAAUAAUUAUUCUUGUUUUCAUUUUUACGAUGACAAUUUUAUUUCACGUUUUCUUCAUUGCAGUAGUCAAAAUAGGGUCGUCUGGGAUAGUGUUCAAAUUUGUAAAAGGGAGCAUCUCUUUUCUUUCUCCGUCCCAACAACUAAUGGCAGACCUCGAUAUUUUAAAAGAGAGGGAGAGAGAGUUCAAGGUCUGACUCUGGACUGGCAACGCAUUGACAUCCAUCUAAGAUACCACUGCCCCCAGCGUGAAAUCCAAGAAAAAAAGUCAAUAGCGUAUGAUAUCAUUCUCCUUCAUAUCAACUUUUAGCUACCAGAUAGGGGCUGUAGGGAAGAAUCCUGAAGAGGAAGACCUAUUGACCCCAUUGUGGGGUCAGUAGACUAUUGAAUUAAAAUGAGUUCAAUACAAUAACGAAAGAGUGUUAAUAUUUCCCUUUAUGCCGCUAUAAAGCAAGUUUCUUCAUGGCAACCCAUAGUCAUGCAACUUAUCCAUAAGCACUAAUUAAAUUAAAUUCAAACUUAGACUGGGGCUUCUUAGCUAAAUCAUGUAUUUAUCAUAUUUAACCUUCUUUGAGUAAACAGACACAGACUUCACGAUAGCUGUAAGAUAUAUCUACCAUUUCUAAAUCACGGUUUUCCUAUUUCAACAGGAGUGUUGGGAAAAUUGCUCAAAAAUAUAUUGAAAGAAGGUAAGAUCUAAGAUACAUUAAUCAUUGCGUGCUCAAUAAUUUUAUUAGAUUUUUUAAACUAAAAUCGAGAAAAGGGAAGGUAGGUGCACUUUACUUAAGAUUACAAAGGGCCUUUUAUAUCUUUUCUGAUAAAGGUCCAUCUGAAGUUUUUAAGAGUCCAUAUUUCCUCACUUGACCCGAAAUAUUAAGGAAAUCUAAGGCCCUCACCAAUACAUCUUUUCAGGCCGUUACUAGGGAAUAUUUAGAUGGCUGUAACUCGACCUUAUUCUGUUGUUAUUUGGCUUACUAAAUUUUUCCUGAUUCAGCCCGAAAUUAGUAAAUAAAAGAUAAAAAAAGAAUUAAAAACAGCAACAAAUAUCCUUUUAAUUGAAAAAACCCCGGUCUCGCCUUUACCAAGUUAUAAAAGCUGCGAGAUGGUGGUGUGGAUCCCUAAAAAGGUUAUGUUCUGACAAACCAAAGUUACUACGGUAAAAUUUUUUAAUAACUUCUUUCUAAGAAGUCUGUGCAAACUUCUGUCAAGAAACAUCGGAUACUGAUUCAAAGAAUCUUUUUAGCACACUCUUGUGUUUCAAAGAUAAAGCAAGACACUACUCUGACUAACCUCCUUGUCUAAAGAAAUGCAGCAUUAAAUAUGGCCAUUAGGAUACAUUCUAAAGCACUAUUCCCUACUUCUACAGCAGCCAAAGGAAGAAAAGGCGAAAGGUUGAUUAUCAAGAUCAAAAAAGGUUAGAACUAAGGCAAAUUAAUUGCUGUUUAAUUGAAAUUGUUAUUUGCUCAAGAUCAAAAAUUGGCAAAGAUGGGUCUGUUUAAUUGAAUUGAAAAAGGCCCUAAAAGGUUACGUGAAUUUUCAUCCAGCUUCGAUUGUAAUGUGAUGUAAAUUUCACGCGAUCCAAGUUCUAAUGUUUCGGCGGUCGGACGGACGUUGACUUCCCAUCGUCAUAACUGAAAAUAGUUUAUGAUAUUUAAAGCAUAGUAAAUAAGCUCCCACAGCAUCGUUGCAAUUGUAAUUGUGAUUGUUUCAUCAUUAAUGAAACAAUUGUUAUAUUCGAGAUUGGUUACAGCUAACCUACAUCGAAAGCGUGCUCAUGGAAUGGUUGCUCAUUAGUAUAUACUGAAACAGUGGAUAACGUUGAAAGCGCGCUCUGAUUGGUUACUCAAACUCCGAAUAUCCUUUGCUAUUCAUCUCCAAGCAAAUCGUGCGGGACUAAAUGCGCUAAAAUCACCAUUUAGUGCUAUGUUAUUUCACCGUUUCACUAUUAUAAUAAAACAACUAUUUACCUCAGAAUCAGCGACUAGCAUAAGAUAUAUAACGCGUCACUCACGGCUUGGUAAAUAUUCACAACUAGCAACCUCCACUUCAGUGAAUAGUUGUUAAAUGGUUUACUAAUAAUAAAUACAAAUUGAUUUUGUCCAAACAAAUUCCUGUCAAGAAGCACUGAAUCCUUAUUCAUGGGAAACCCUCUAGCGCACAAUUGUUAUUAUGAGAUAGAACCGGUGUCUACCAUGAUUACAUAUGUUUGUACGGACAAAUGCGAACUUGAAGCUGGUUGUAAGAUAUAUUUACAUUUCCUAACUCAUUUUUCCCUUAUUCAACAGAAAGCAAAACGUUUAUAGUCAAAGGAAUAUUGAUAAUAGAACUCAAAGAAGGUAGGAAAUAUGGUAGAAUAAUUGCUUUUCACUUAAAAGUUAUGAAAGAUAUCUAAAAGCUCUUCAAUGACAAGAGUAGGGGAAAAUGGUCAGAGAGAACGAAAAUGUAGGGCUUCAUAAGAACUGACAACUCCUCUUCCCCCAUUAGUUUUUUACCCUCAAUCGUUUUACUACAAAGGGGCCAAGUGAUAGAGAAACAAGCUUCAACAGGGCGAUCAAAAUGCGCAAAGCCACUCACUCAGAAAUAAUGAAACUAUUAUUAGGGCAACAAGAAGAGGAAGAGGAAGAAGGAGAAGAAGAAGCGUCAGCUGAAGAAGAAGAAGAAGAAGCGUCAGCUGAAGAAGAAGCACCAACUGAAGAAGUAGAAGGAUCAGCUGAAGAAGAAGCACCAACUGAAGAAGUAGAAGGAUCAGCUGAAGAAGAAGAAGAGACAUCAGCUGUGGAAAAAGAAGAAGCAUCAGCUGAAGAAGAGGGAUCAGCUGAAGGAGAAGAAGAAGCGUCAACUGAAGAAGAAGCACCAACUGAAGAAGUAGAAGGAUCAGCUGAAGAAGAAGAAGAAGAGGCAUCAGCUGAGGAAAAAGAAGAAGCAUCAGCUGAAGAAGAAGGAGAAGCGUCAGCUGAAGAAGAAGCACCAACUGAAGAAGUAAAAGGAUCAGCUGAAGAAGAAGCACCAACUGAAGAAGUAGAAGGAUCAGCUGAAGAGGAAGAGGAGGUAUCAGCUGAGGAAAAAGUAGAAGCAUCAGCUGAAGAAGAAGAAGAAGCGUCAGCUGAAGAAGAAGCACCAACUGAAGAGGUAGAAGGAUCAGCUAAAGAAGAAGCACCAACUGAAGAAGUAGAAGGAUCAGCUGAAGAAAAAGAAGAGGCAUCAGCUGUGGAAAAAGAAGAAGCAUCAGCUGAAGAAGAAGGAUCAGCUGAAGGAGAAGAAGAAGCGUCAGCUGAAGAAGGAGCACCAACUGAAGAAGUAGAAGGAUCAGCUAAAGAAGAAGCACCAACUGAAGAAGUAGAAGGAUCAGCUGAAGAAGAAGCACCAACUGAAGAAGAAGAAGGAUCAGCUAAAGAAGAAGCACCAACUGAAGAAGUAGAAGGAUCAGCUAAAGAAGAAGCACCAACUGAAGAAGUAGAAGGAUCAGCUGAAGAAGAAGAAGCACCAACUGAAGAAGUAGAAGGAUCAGCUAAAGAAGAAGCACCAACUGAAGUAGUAGAAGGAUCAGCUGAAGAAGAAGAAGAGGCAUCAGCUGUGGAAAAAGAAGAAGCAUCAGCUGAAGAAGAAAGGCCAGCUGAAGGAGAAGAAGAAGCGUCAGCUGGAGAAGAAGCACCAACUGGAGAAGUAGAAGGAUCAGCUGAAGAAGAAGAAGAAGGAGAGGCAUCAGCUGUGGAAAAAGAAGAAGCAUCAGCUGAAGAAGAAGGAUCAGCUGAAGAAGAAGAAGAAGCGUCACCUGAAGAAGAAGCACCAACUAAAGAAGUAGAAGGGUCAGCUGAAGAAGAAGCACCAACUGAAGAAGUAGAAGGAUCAGCUGAAGGAGAAGCACCAACUGAAGUAGUAGAAGGAUCAGCUGAAGGAGAAGCACCAACUGAAGUAGUAGAAGGAUCAGCUGAAGAAGAAGCACCAACUGAAGAAGUAGAAGGAUCAGCUGAAGAAGAAGCACCAACUGAAGAAGUAGAAGGAUCAGCUGAAGAAGAAGCACCAACUGAAGUAGUAGAAGGAUCAGCUGAAGAAGAAGCACCAAUUCAAGAAGUAGAAGGGUCAGCUGAAGAAGAAGCACCAACUGAAGAAGUAGAAGGAUCAGCUGAAGGAGAAGCACCAACUGAAGUAGUAGAAGGAUCAGCUGAAGGAGAAGCACCAACUGAAGUAGUAGAAGGGUCAGCUGAAGAAGAAGCACCAACUGAAGAAGUAGAAGGAUCAGCUGAAGAAGAAGCACCAACUGAAGUAGUAGAAGGAUCAGCUGAAGAAGAAGCACCAACUGAAGAAGUAGAAGGAUCAGCUGAAGGAGAAGCACCAACUGAAGUAGUAGAAGGAUCAGCUGAAGGAGAAGCACCAACUGAAGAAGUAGAAGGAUCAGCUGAAGAAGAAGCACCAACUGAAGAAGUAGAAGGAUCAGCUGAAGAAGAAGCACCAACUGAAGAAGUAGAAGGGUCAGCUGAAGGAGAAGCACCAACUGAAGUAGUAGAAGGAUCAGCUAAAGAAGAAACACCAACUGAAGUAGUUGAAGGAUCAGCUGAAGAAGAAGAAGAAGAGGCAUCAGCUGAGGAAAAAGAAGGAGCAUCAGCUGAAGAAGAGGAAUCAUUAGCUGAAAAAGAAGCAUCAACUGAAGAAGUAGAAGGUUCAGCUAAAGAAGAAGAAGAAGCGGAAAAAGAAGAAGAAGGAGAAGAAGAAGAAGAAGAAGGAGAAGAAGAAGAAGCAUCGGCUGAAGAAGAAGUGGAAGAGGAAGAACAAGAAGCAUCAGCUGAGGAAGAAGAAAAAGAAGAAGCAUCAGGAGAAGGAGAAGAAAAAGAAGAAGAAGGAGAAGAAGAAGAAGAAGAAGAGGAAGAAGAAGAAGAGGAAGAAGAAGAAGCAUCAGCUGAAGAAGAAGAAGAAGAAGAAGAAGAAGAGGCAGAACAAGAAGCAUCAGCUGAGGAAGAAAAAGAAGAAGAAGAGGAAGAAGGAGAGGAAGAGGAGGAGCAGCAAAAAAAAAAAUGCAGGAGUGAGUGUAUUUAAAUUCCCCUUUCAAUUUUUGUUUUAAUUUCAAGGAAUCCAAUUAUGUAUGGAAUAUUCUUUACCUUAAGUUGUCAAAGGAUUGUUGUCCAGUAAAUGUGUUGAAUUCACUUAAAACUGAAACAACCAUUUCUUUGAAAAGCACCUCUUUUCUCUUUUCGUACCGGUAACUAAUAGGGAAUAUUUUUUGUUUACGUUAAGAACAUAGUCUCCCUCCAAGCUAACAGCGCAUUAACACCAAUCUAAGAAAUCUCUCGAGUAAAAAAGCAUCCCAGAGAAGAAGAGUCGGACAAAUCGCGUGAAAGAUGUUUUUAUUUCAUACAUACUGAGAUUUUGUUUUCUUACUGACUGACACACUUCAAAUAUAGGAGGCCGUUAAAGUGUAAGAGCAAAUUUUAUUAUAAACACUGCCAAAUGCGCAGCGUGGGGCGAUAUUCAGUCUCUAUUGACAACUAUUUUUUCCUAUUUUAUUUGCUUCCUCACUAAUUUGCCGACGAAGAGUCUUUCCUAUCAAAAGAGAGACAAAUGAAGUUAAAAUUCAAUGGACAAAUGGCAUCCGAAUUUGCAGAUGCCUGGAAAUAAGAAGUAUAAACACUUGCCAAAAAAUAAGACAACCUCGGAUUUACAAACCUGCGAGUUUUCUCAAACGCUACAUCGUUGAUUAUUCAAGCUUGUUAGUUUUUCGUUUGAGAUAUCGUUCAAAGGUGGCAAAAUCAACCCUCGCAGAGAUGUAGACUCGUAGUCAUUUCCAUCUUUGGUUCUGACAGUGAGUACAAACUCGCUCAGCAAUUCAUUGAGUAGAACAGGAGGCAUUCCUUCAACGUUUCUGAGCUCUACCUUCCACUGAAGAAAGCUUUUUAGCAGGCUUACGUUCAUUUCGGUCCUGCCUCUCCUGUUUUUGUUUUCUUGGUCAUGUAUGAAGUCAUGAAUUUUUCCUUCAGGGGGAGCAAAUCUUAGCACUUCUUCUUCCGUUUUUUAAACAAAAAGCUGUGCGCUUGUUGCCCUCCACUGUGAAGUACUAUCGUUCGUAUCUCUGAUACUGAACAAACGAUGUAUUUUCUCAGUCGUUCACUUUUCUGAUUAUUUGGUUGUGUAUUUCGUGAGAAUUUUACGUAGGCUUUUUUUAUGUGUAAAUCUUAAUAUGUAUGAAAUAAAUAUCUAUAUGUUCUAAAUCAUUUUCUUUUUCAAAAGAAGGAAGACGAAGAGGAAAGAAAGGAAAAUGCAGACGUAAGUGCUAUUUACUUAACAAUGAAAAGGGCUCUGAAAGACUCCAACAAAACAUAGCAAGGUCUCAAAAAAAUUACUGAGUCCUGUACUGUUUCUUUCCAGGACUCGCAAAAUCGAGAUGGGAGAAAGUUUAGUUACUAAUUCAAUUAGCAACAACUAAGCUUAAUGCAAACUCCUGUAAAGUGCAAAGUGUCUAGUAUGAUUAACUUUCAGGACAAAGACAAAUUUGAAGAUGAGUGUAAUAUUUAUCGGUUUCUUAUUCAAAUUUAACGACAGGCAAAAAACUCAUAUGCAGAGGAAAAAAUUGGAUACGAGGUAAGAACAAAGAUACAAUAAGUGCUGUUUCAUACGUAAGUAAGUAAGUAAACUCUUUCUUUAAAGAGGGCAGUACGCAAUAACCAAAAAGCCAAUGAACCUGUGGCCCUCGUUGAAAUUCUACGUGCAUGUAUUUACUUUGCUUGAAACCCAAAGGGCAAAGGCACGAGUCAUUUUCUUAGAACUCAAAAUGGCCCUUGAGGAAUGUCUUUGUUGCAAUAGGCAUUGUGCCGCCCUUUGUGGGCUCAAAUGGAGAAUUUGACCUGCUAAAUUAUAUUUUAUGAAACAAACCAAUGAAAAGUGAGAAUCAAACAAUCCUAAGAGCUAAAAAGCAAUUAGGCUUUUAAUUCGGACUUUCCUAUCGCGCUUUCUACAAUUUUUGAGAACUCAGAUGGCAAGAUUUCGGAUUUUCAAUCCAGCUUUACUCGAUAAUGUAAAGGCCUCGAGGGAAAAUAGAGCCAUUCAACGUAUAAAUACUCGCAUGGUUUUUUAGACUGUUUUGUUGUCAUUUUUUUCAAAUUCCAUUUUCUCAUUUCCUUUCGAAGUAAUAGUAACAGUUUACAAUACUAAUAGUAACAGUUUCUUUUAUGAGGCAUAGAUAUAUUUUGGACCCUUCUCAAGUCAUUUUAAUCCUCGCCUAUUGGCUCAGGCUACAAUGACUCCAUGCAUACGUGACUAGAAAUUUAACGUUACUAAAUAAAAUCAUUCAAAUCAUUUAGUUACAACAAACUUAGUUAGCCCAUAGUAACUCUUGGCAAGUGGAAUUGGAGACGGAGUCCAGGGAAAACCCUUAGUAAGCUCUUGCCUUUCUAAGAUUGAGUAUGUCUCUACUAUGAUUAACCCUUUAAGAUAAAUUUAUUUUACCUGAAUCCCGAUUCCCUUAUUUAACAGUGGGUGGAAGAUGUAAAUGGAAACUAUUAGAAGAACUCCACAAAGGUAUGAAGCAUGAUACAGUACUCAUUGUGUAUUAAAUGAUUUACUCUGAUUAUUUACUUAAAAUGAAAAAGGCAGAGGUAGGAGCAGUUUGCUUCAAAACAAAGGCUUUCUAACAAAACUUAGUAAGGUACAUACUUAGGCUACUAGGGGCCAAUAUCUCCUGAUUCGAAUCAAAAAAUCCUGGCUAGUAACAAAGUUUACAUUAUGGUAAUCCAUGGUUAUGCACUUAAUAUUAUCCAAUCACCGCAAACCAAGUAAGUCUAUAGAAGCUCAGUGCAAAGGUCAUGGCAGAAAGGCUAAAAUUUGGUUUCUCAUUUCAGUAAUAUUAAAAAACAUUGGAAGCAAAGGAAAAAACAACGGGAGAGGACACAUAAUUAAAUGGAAAAUAUUUAGAAAAGGUAAGAAGCAAAAGCUGUUAAUUAGAAUUACCUUCCCCCUCUGGUUUUCUACCCCACCCCCCUGUCCUUGUACAAGUUUCAAAAAACGAGUCAAUAUCAAGUAAGAGAGAGAAGCCCUCCAUUCCAAUCAUUAAAUUGCAUUGACUUCUUAAUCAUCAAGCACAAAACUUUUAUUUUUGCAUUAUUUUUAUCUUUCCUCGGCAGGAGGAAGAAGAGGCCGUUAGUGAAAAGACUUUGACGAACCAAGGGAAUGUCCUGCCCUAACAUCAAGUUUUCGCUUCUGUUUAUUAUCAUUUUGGUCAAUAGUUGAUUUUCGUUUCAAACGAGUAUGAUGUGAAACUGCUGGUUUUGCGAUCUUAUUAGUAUCGUAUUGGACUCUCUUCAAUGUACUAUUUUUCCAUCAGCUUGUUUUAGACAUUAUAUACAUGCAGUUAGUAAGCACAUUUUGUCAGGAAGACUCAAUGAUUGUAACUAGUAGAUAGCCUUAUACCGCCAUCGUUCGUAUAUCACUAGAUAAUCUGCACAUGGCUUUUCGUUUCCGUAGUUAUUCUUGGUAUUAAAAAUGCACAAUUGUGAAAUGCGUUCUAUCUUUGUGUAUAUAAUAAGCUCAGUUAUGCACGCAUUCUGAUUGGUUCUCACUCAUGAUCUAUUGGAGGACAGACGUAUCGAUGACAUCAUCAAUAAAACUUUUUUGUAUUUUUUUAUUAUAUAAAACAAAUAGAUUCCAAGUUGCCGUGCGUCUGUUCAGUAAUAGAUCACAGAGGACGUCAAAAUGUGGUAAGAACAUCAGUGACACACUCGGCUGAGCCUCGUGUGCCACUUUUUUGUCCUUACCACAUUUUGACGUCAUCUGUGAUCUAUUACUGAACAGACGCACGGCAACUUGGAAUCUAUUUGUUAAUUUUAUCAGCGUUCAUAGAUAUCAAAAUAGUUGUGCAUAUCAAGGCCGGGAAAGGCCACCGUCGGUGUAUUGCAAAUUUAUCUGAAAGGAGUCCCAAAGAGCCUCAUUGGUAUAUAUUUAAUUUAACACUGGUUGUGUAACUUUUACGCUGUGGCUAAAUGCCUUGCGGCUGGGAACGAUCUUAAGUGGCCGCAUACCCCGAAGUGAGAGUUUCUUUCAAACUUUUAAGGGUACAACAACAUUUAUCAAAAUAAAAAGGAUUCCAUGUUGUUGUGGGUAAGUACAGUAAUAGAUCAAGAGUAGUUCAAAUUUUUGCAAGGACAUCAGAGAUGCACUCGGCUGCGUCUUCGUGUGCCACUUUUUGUUCUUACCACAUUUUUUUGUAAUGUGUGAGCUAUUACUGAACAGACGCAGAGCAACAUUAAAUCCGUUUGUUCACGAAAACUCGGAGAAUAUUUUUUUAGGACGAACGCUCGAGAGAUAAAAGCAGAUUUAUAUAAUAAGAUGUGUUAUAGACGGUGGCCGAGGUGGGGUCCCAUAAUUCAAUCAUUCUUCCCAAUGUAGUGUAACAUGUUAUGUGGGAUUUGUCAAAUAAGAACAGCAAUUUAUUCUACGUUAUUGGGGCAUUUACAUUUUCAUCAACAUUUUAAUUAUUUUUGUUCGUCAUUUACAUUUCAUUGCAGAUUAAAGCUGUUGUAGUUCAUUACGGCAAACUAAAAAGUGGGCUCUGGUCCUCCCUCCAAACACACAGUCUCCCCCCCCCCUCCCCCUCUUCACACUUUUCGUCGCUAAAAAGUCAAUGGAAUAUUUUGUCAUAACAUUUACGUCAAUGAAAAUCUGCUUCAUGCUGAUUUCUUGGCGGUUUUUAACAUAAAAUACGAAUAGUGGUCAUUGCGGUUUUACUCAUGACGCUUUAUCAUACAUCUUACGCAUCGCUUGAUCAACCGAUCUCCAAGUCACAGAAUAAAAUAACCUUAAAUUUAUGAAGCAAAAUAAAAGACAUAUCUGAAGAAGGAGUGGAUAAAACCAAAUAAUCUUGAAUAGAUCUAGCUUCUUUCAAAUUAAAAGUAUAAGAGUUCAAAUGACUACUUGAAGUAAACAAGAAGUCGGGGAGAACGUGAAGCUAUGAGCGGGUACCGUCACACACUUGAAAAAAUUGUUCUUUCCUAAGGGCAAAUUGCGGCAUUUGAAUAUCGCGACACGCAAGGCUUUGACCUUUUACAGAGGAUAUACACCAAACCUCAAAAGAUAAGUACAUAAAUUUCACCUACUAUAAAUAUGAUUUACUUUGUAUAAAUACCUGGCUAUACAUACUAUACGAGGUUCGACAUGUUGAUUAAUCCACGAAGGCUGCUAUCCUUUUUUGAAAUCAAAGCGUGAACAGUUUAUUGAAUAUUGAAAAGCAACUCAGUCAUGUAAACAAAGCCCUGAAAUUUAAAUUCCAUUUUUGAUGAAACCUAUUGUAUCCUUUCAUUUACGUCAGUGCUGUUAAUUGAUAGACAGUCACUGGCGAAAUGAUAAAUGACUGGCCAAACUCAUUUUUUAAUUGUCCCACGAAUCAUUAUGAAUGAGCCAUCGUCUCUUGCAAAACGACCAGGAGGUUGGGGGUACUUUAGCCCUCCCUCCACAAGCACAUUCUCCUUCACUACCGUUUGCGUUUUGUCGCGAAAAUUGGCGCAAAAGCACCAAAAAUGAAAUUUUUUGUAUCAAAUAGAGGCUGUUUAAUAACAAUUCAUAUAACACAUAGGUUAUUUAUUCGAUUACAAAAGGCAUACACUAUUUAUAAGAGUUAAGGUUUUGGGGGAGGUUUGGACUGAGGCUGGGCCUCUUCUCAGGUGACUUCAUCUUCCCAAAAUUACUCUAUUUAGUUCUUUUCUACAGGCAACAGCACCCCUUAACAGGGUUCAGUGGGUCAGUAAUCACUUUUUGACAAUGUAUUUAAACAUAGCUGUCCAAGAGAAAAAACACGGCAUAAUUUCUCCAAGCAUGAUUCUGAUGAAGCAAUUUUUGUAAAGAUUAGGAAACUUAAUAUUUUGCCAAAUCACUUAUAUGUUGCAACUGCGAUGACUUCUGCGACGUAACGUGGGAGGGGGGUGUUGUGAAAUUGGAGGAAAGGUCAGAGUCCCCUGAUGAAAGUUGCCAAUCAUUCAUUAUUUCUCCAGGGACCUCCAAUUAAAUGCAUGAAUCUUGUCCACCCUUUGUAAUUGUACAGGGAAAAGAAUCUCUCCUAAAAUAAUUUGCAUUCGUCCAUUGUGGUCACGAAGCGAAGCAAGGUCCUGAAAGGUGAAGUGUGUUUUUUUUUUUAUAUUUCAUACGUAAACCUCACCAUGCUCUUUUCGCUUAAAUCAACUUAUUCUUGAACAAUUCCUUGAUACAAAGUCAGGACUGAUGUUAACUAUAUUAUUUCAGACGCCUUCAAAUAACUCAGUUAGGAAGGCAACGUUUCAUGCUGAAGGCGUUUUACCACUAAAGUACUGACCAACUAACCUUUAAGAAAAUAUCUAUAACUUCAAUAUAAAGAAAGCCAAAUUAUUUUGUCCUACGUAAGCCAAAAGUGAAAGAGAAUGUUUCGUUCUAAUUCUGGAAAAUUAACCUUUAGUAAACAAGUUAUCUUUCGACAUAAUUAAGCAGAAAAUAGAAAAUUAAUUUCUGAACUUUCUUUGGAUGAAUGAGUUGCUUUUAGAUCUUCAAUAUUCAAUUAUAUUGACUCGUUCACGCAUUGAUGUCAACUCUCGGAUAAUCUUCAUAUAAGACUUCUCUGUUGGUAGAUCCCCAAUUCGUACAUUUUAAGUCCAGUUUUCUAUUCACUAGAAAUCACUUCAUUAUUUUUCCUUAGUUUUUUUCUGAAGUUAUAAGUUUGGUGAAUGUACUCAAAUUUAAAUAUAUUCCGUGCUGUGACAUUCCAAAAUCCGCCUUUUAACCGAAGGGAAGCCCAUUGUUGGGACCGCGGUUUGUGGAGUACACGCUCAUAAUUUCCGAACGUAUAUGCACGUCGUCACUUUGACAUUCUGUUUCUUGCUAAAAUUGUUUUACUUGUGCCAAUAUUUUACACCUUCAAACUUAAUUUUAAAGUGGCUUUCUUCACCUAUAUGAGAAAGCAAAUCAAACUUUUCCACUCUGAUAACUCACGUGUCCAAGGAAGCGUGAUGGAAAUAUGCUAAGUGCAAAUUUCAUACAUUGAAGAAUGCAUGGUGUCUGUUGGAUCUAAGAAUAAGAAGUGCAAACAUUAUUGUUCAGCAUCGAUUUUCAGUUCGUCUGAAAGCUUAGAUUUCAAUACAAAAGAAAAGUUGUGGAUUGUUUGUGAAGGCCUUAAUUCGUGGUGAGCAGUGAAUAGAAACAAUUAGCAGCUUCUGUAAACAAUAAUGUGAACACUAUGCAUCAUGAAGUUUUCCUCAGGAGUAAAGUUGUUCAAAACGACGAUGAUGAAACCAAAUGCUAAACACAAAAUAGACUCCCGACAGAUUGUCCCUUGUUUAAUUGUUUUGUCGUUUUUUUUGUUUGUUUGGUUUUGUUUUGUUUUUGUUGUUUUAUUUUAUUAGGAGAUUCGUUGAUCAAACGAGGAGUUAAAUCAGUAUCCAAUCAAGCGUCACGAGUUAAACGACGGUAACCAUUAUUCGAAUUUGAUGUUAAAAGCCGCCAAGAAAUCUCCUGGAAGAAAAUGUUCGGCGUGUGUAGUUGGUUAGACAAAAAUUUUGCGACUGUGUAUAUGUUUACAGCAGAUUUACGUGAAGAUCUGCGAUAAGACCCCUUCGAAACAAAUCUUAGAAUUGGUUGAGGUUGGUUUUGCAAGGAUCUUUGUGUCAUCGUGAUGGGCGUAAACGCGUAGGGAAAUUUCAAGGUUUUGGUCUUGUUUCCGGAAAAAGCUCAAAGUAAAUUUCUAUAUGUUAUAUCGCUCAAUAGAACCGCAAUGUGUCAGCAGGUUGUUGAUCACAGGGGAAUACGAUGCAGCCAAGAGAGUCAAAUCAAAUGUAAUUUGCCUGAUGUGCAAUUAUGUGGAUUAAUCGAAAAUUAUGCAAAAUUCUGAGACAGCCCUGGCUUUUUAAGAAACCAAAUCAAACUCAUCUGAUAUAUUGCUCACUUCAUGAUGUUAUUUUACCAGAAAUUUGUUUAAGCGGCACUUUUCAGUUAUUCACCUUUUCACGUGUAAAGUCACGUGACUUUUGAUGUAAAAAAACCGCGAAAGUUCGGACACUGAGUCAAUCACCCACCACUCGCGUACGAACUUCGGCUUCGACAUUUUGUUGUUAAUAAUUUCCAAGGUCGUGAAGCGUUUCUUUGCUCAAAAUUGAAUUAUCUUUUGUAUCAUAUGUUUGAUUAUUUAUCAAGCGAGUUGAUAUUUCGUUACCGCCUAAGUGGAUGCCAAGAAUGUAGCAGGAAGCGUUUCCUCCCAACUUCACGCUGCAUAAAAAUGAAUAUAAAACAUUGAUGGUUAAACCGAAUGCUAGAAGUAAAGCUUAGCUCUCUCGCCUAUUGACUUUCACUGUUUGACUUAGUUGUAACUUUACGGCUUUAAUAUUUUGUGAAUUAGAAAUACCUUGGACAAGAAUGAACAUUUCUUUUUGGUUAAUUUAAACGUAUCAUUUAAGAAGAGUUUAAGAUACCUUUAAGAAAAUUCUGUUGAAUUGUGAGAAAUGCUUGAUAACUUUUUGUUCGCUGGUAUGGUACUGCCAAACGAAUUCAGCUCGUGGACUGAUAGCAUGACUUACAAUUUUAUAUCAUGCACAAAGUCAGUUUUAAAAAUAAGAAAUGAUUCCAUAAUUUCACAUUAUUGUUACUAUUAUUAAAAUUGUUAUCGUAAUUAUCAUUAGCUCUAUUAUCAGUAUUAUAAUUGUUAAUAUAAUUAUUGUUACCACCAUUUUAGUAGAAACAAAUUUUGGUGAACAAGUCCACAAAUUGCGCCCUUGACAUGCCACCAGGGAAAAUACUACUGCUGGUGAGUUAUGAUCAUUUUAACGAAAAUUGUCCCCUUUUUUAAGACACCUGUGAUAAAAACAUAUACAAGCAAACAUUUUAGUGGGUAGCUUACAAACAGGCUCUAAAUUAACGUUAAUUUCCGUUCUUCUUUCUCGCCGCUUUGCCCCUACUUCCACGAAGCUUAUAGUAACCUUCUCGCAGGCUACCAGCCGGGUGGUCUUCUCCAAGGUCAUCCUGCAUGACUCCCUGCAUUGCUGUGCAAGGGUGUCCAAUUGCCGAGUAAUCUGGCCAACUGUUACAGGCCACCCAGGCCGCUUUAUCUGUAGUUCAAUUUGCUGGCUGUUCAAGGAAAUGGUUGGCUUAUAUGAUAUAAUUCCCCUUUCAGUAACUAUACCUGCAUAUCCUUCUGGCCUACCCCUCAUCGUCCACCCCACAGUCUAAUAAUUCCGGUUCCAAAUAAGAUGAAUUCUCCUAUAUGUUUUCACUCAGUCGAGGGGUGAUUUUCUUUUAAAAAAAACGACUAAACAUUUCGCAUCGUUCUUUUCAAUACAGUUUUUUCCAUGAUAUUGUACCUAACUGACUUUGCCUUGCUCGCUUGCUUCUUUCUGCGCUCCUUCAGCAGCGAACUAAGUUUGCCCUUCCUCUAAUAUUACAGCUGGCGUUCUUCGUCGCAGUUAAUUUGAUAACUGCCAGACCAGGUUCUGCUCGGAAUCCAAUGUACGACCAUGAUAUUGUGUAUGGAAGCAGCAUCCAAGAUCAACCUCUCUCAGAGCUGGACAAUUUAGAAAAGUGGGGCGGCCAAGACGAAUCCGGUCCUGAAAUCAAUAAGAUGGAAACAGAAAUGAGUGGAAUUGACGAUAUGGACGAGCAGGGAAGCAAAGACGAACCCAGUCCUGAAAUCAAUCAGAUGGAUCUAAAAGUGGAUGAAAUCAAUAAGAUGGACGCAGAAAUGAGUGGAAUUGACGAUAUGGACGAGCGAGGCAGCCAAGACGAACCCAGUCCUGAAAUUAAUCAGAUGAACGCAGAAAUGGGCGAAAUUGACAAUAUGGACGAGCGAGGCAGCAAAGACGAACCCAGUCCUGAAAUCAAUCAGAUGGAUCCAGAAGUGAGUGGAAUUAACAAUAUGGACGAGCGAGGCAGCAAAAACGAACCCAGUCCUGAAAUCAAUCAGAUGGAUCCAGAAGUGGGUGAAAUUGACAAUAUGGACGAGCGGGGCAGCAUAGACGACCUCGGUCCUGAAAUCAAUCAGAUGGAUCCAGAAGCGAGCGGAGUUGACAACAUUCAAGAUGAAAAUGGUAAUCCUAAACUUAAAGGAAGAGAAGCAUAUAUCCUCCAAAGGUUACCCAUUACCUAUACUCUCUUGCUGCUCUGUAUUGACAAGUGUAAGCAAACAUCAAAGCAAUUUUUUUCUGCCCUUGCCGUCAGGGAGUAUCAAGUAUUAUAAGAGAGGAGUAAGUACCGUAACAAAACAGAUAUCAAAAUUUAGCCCACAAUCUCUGUCGGCUCGACUAUUAUAAGAAUGAACAACAAGUGGCACACAAGCACCUCUUUGCGAUUUCAACACCUUGCGUCCACAUAGAAAACACAGGAUUCAAACUUUAACUUUUUUGUCAUCAGCUUUAUCAAAAAUUAUACACUUCUAAAACAUCGCGAGUCACUGGCUUGCGUAGCUAUGUAUGACUCGUAUAGCACAACUGGGUUCUGACCGCCCGAAAGCAAGCCCCCUAGCUAUUACAACUCUCAGGGGCUGUACUCUGAGAUGUGGGGUAACAUUUAUCGGUAAAGUCGAUCUGCUUUUUUUCUCUUUCAUUUUUUUCCGCAGAUCCCGCGACUGAGGAACCAACAACGGAGGAACCUAUCAUUAUCAUAACAUGCGGACCACCUAAAAAGCCUGAGACUAACGCCCCACCGACUGAGAAACCUGUUACAGUCGCCCCACCCACGGAGAAGCCCGUACCUAAACCUAAACCUAAACCUAAACCACCUGUUAAGAAACCUAAAAGUUAGUGAAUUUUGCAACCAUAACGCGGGGCCUUCUUUUCAAGUGGGUGGCGAGUUUCUGUGAAAAACAAAUCACUGUGUUUCAUUCUAUAAUCGUGACCUCCCUCAAAUUAAAACCAGUUGAAAUUACUGCAAGUCAAUGUGGAAACAAACUUGUGGCGCGGGGUUAAAGAAUUCGGAAAAAAUAUUCCCAUUGCCUCGUAAUUUCCGGCAACACCUUUUGUGCAAAAACCGUAGUAUUUCACAGCUAAACCUGACUUUUUUUAAUCAGAGACCAAGGGUGCUGUCACGCUUACUCAUUCUUGUAUUGAUAUCUUUAUUUUCUUCACAUCAACAGAGAAAGGAAAAAAAGGAAAGAAAGGAAAGAAAGGAAAGAAAGGAAAGAAAGGAAAGAAAGGA